AUGAGCAAGAUUCAGUUUCGGGAGUCAGAUUCAGUACAAAAAGUUGUUGGAGUGAGAUUCUCCGCUGGUAGCAGUGAAUUUAUUCGGCAAACAUCUCAUGUUCGAGUUUUGAAUAACCGUCUGUACGAAGAGGGAGCAAGAAACUUCACCCCGGCCAAGUGUGGACCUCUUGAUAGGCGCUUGGGUACGUCGAGUAAUUAUUGCCCUUGCUCGACUUGUGACAGCAGUCUUUCGGAUUGCGUGGGACAUUUUGGUUACGUCGAUCUCGCUUUCCCAGUGUUUCAUAUCGGAUUUUUCAAGUCAACUAUACAAGUUCUUCAAUGCAUAUGCAAGAAUUGUGCUCGUCUGCUAUUGAGCGAAUCUCAGCGAUCAUAUUUCCUCAGACAAAUAGCUAAUCCUACCUUGAACUACAUACAGCGAAAAGCUCUUCAUAAAAGUAUCGUCGCGUCGUGCAAGAAGACGAGUCUUUGCCUUCAAUGUGGUCAGAGAAAUGGAAUCUUGCGUAAGGCUACCGGAGCAGUUCUGAAAAUUGCUUAUAGUUGCGGUAUAUCUGAAUGCAAGAUGUCUGAAUACUCUGCUGUGGUGGGAGCAAACCCCGCGAUCUCUGAAGUCCUUUCUCGCUCGAAGUUUACUCUCCUGAAUCCUUUACGGGUUCAGAAGCUGUUCGACAUCAUAGCAAACGAGGACAUACCAAUCCUGAUGUUAAGUUUUGGAGAAGUUAAGCAUCCCAAAGAUCUCCUUUUGACGAGAAUUCCCGUACCUCCAGCAUGUGUGCGACCGUCAGUACCAUCAGAAGUGGGAAGCGGUUCAACUGAAGACGAUUUGACUAUGAAACUUGCUGAAAUUAUUCUCAUCAAUGAUGUGCUUCAGAAGCACAAGGAAAAUGGUGCACCAGUAAAAACAGUGAUGGAGACCUGGGACCAUCUUCAGAUACAAGUGGCACUCUAUUUCAAUGGCGAACUUCCUGGCCUACCGCAAGAACUAAAACUGAAAAAGCCUAUCCGUGGUUUGAAUCAGCGUCUCAAGGGUAAGCAAGGUCGUUUUCGUGGAAAUCUGUCUGGAAAACGAGUUGAUUAUUCAGCUAGAACGAAGCUCGUGAUUUCUGGGUCUGAUUCUCAUCCCGGUGCCAACUACGUUAUUGAUCGUCUAUCCGGUGUCAAACGUCUACUCAAGUACAGUAAUCGCGAGAGCUGUGCCAAAAACUUAAAGGUUGGUGACAUAGUAGAGCGUCAUCUUGACGACAAUGAUAUCGUAUUGUUCAACCGUCAACCAUCCCUUCACAAGGUUUCCAUAAUGUGCCAUCGUGUAAGAGUAAUGUCCGGAAGAACAUUCAGAUUUAACGAAUGUGUUUGUACUCCUUACAAUGCCGAUUUUGAUGGUGACGAAAUGAAUUUACAUGUGCCGCAGACGCAUGAAGCACGAGCCGAGGCCAGCACGCUGAUGGGUUUGAAAAGUAACCUCGUCACUCCGAGAUCUGGCGAACCGUUAGUGGCAGCCAUUCAGGAUUUCAUCACUGGUGCGUUCCUGAUGACACACAAAGACACAUUCUUUGAUUACAAUGAGGCAUGCCGUCUAAUCACAUCCAUCAUAGACCACAGAACCAGAAACCAAACACGACUUCAUCUACCAACACCUGCCAUUGUGAAGCCGACCAUACUAUGGACUGGUAAACAGUUGAUGAGGCUGAUAAUUGCGGACGAUUUCUAUAAACCCCUUCAUUUGAACCUAUCUGUGCCAAAUAAAAGCUACACUUCAAGUAAAGAGCUUUGUUCCAAGGAUUCCUUCGUUAUUAUCCGUAAUGGUGAACUGAUGAGUGGGGUUCUGGAUAAAAAACUGCUAGGAUCCGGCUCGAAAACGAAUAUUUUUUAUGUUCUACUUCGAGAUUUCGGUGAAGAUUCUGCGAUCAAUGCACUAUGGCGAUUGUCCCGGAUGACAUCUACUUUUCUUUCGAAUCGUGGCUUUUCUAUUGGAGUUGGCGAUGUUCAACCCAGAUUACGUCUGCUCGAGGAAAAGUCACUGCUUUUGCGGAGAGGUUACAAAAAGUGUCACGAUUGUAUUGAUCAGCUGAAAUCUGGACAACUGAAAGCUCAACCUGGCUGUGCCAAAGAAGAGACCCUUGAAGCAUUAAUUCUCCGAGAGCUUUCCUCGAUUCGUGAUAAAGCUGGAGAGUCUUGUAUAAUAAACUUAUCAAUGUAUAACUCGCCUUUAACGAUGGCGAUUUGUGGUUCUAAAGGGUCAUUCAUCAAUAUAUCUCAAAUGAUUGCAUGUGUGGGGCAGCAAGCCAUAUUCGGACAUCGUCCACCGGAUGGAUUUGAUAAGCGGUGUCUACCACACUUUGAAAAGUCGGAAAAAACACCGAAAGCCAAAGGAUUUGUGGAAAACAGCUUCUUUUCGGGUCUAACUCCCACUGAGUUUUUCUUUCAUUCUAUGGCUGGCCGCGAAGGACUUGUGGAUACCGCUGUGAAAACGGCUGAAACGGGUUACAUGCAGAGACGGCUGGUGAAAUGUUUAGAGGAUCUCUGCGUAAGCUAUGAUGGUACUAUCCGCUCUUCGUGUGGUGAUAUUGUUGAGUUUGUUUUUGGAGAUGAUGGACUAGAUCCUGCAUUGAUGGAAACAAACGAUUGUCAUGCGCUAGACUUGACCCAUCAAUUGGAGUGCAUUCGGAAUACGAUUCCAUUCAACAACGAUGAGGAUCUGAAUCGCAAUGAUAUGGAGGCACUUUAUAGAGCCCUUGUUGAUGCUGAAUUGAAAAACGCUCCUGCGGGAUUCCUAUGUCCUUUGGAGACUUUUGUGAGAGAGAUUAUCGAGAAGAUUAUGUCUGUUAACAAAAUCUCGAGGUUCUGUCGCGACCAUCCGAACGGGAAGGUUCAAGUGCAAGUUCACGGCGCCUCUCGCUCUCAAUUCAUAGCAUUCCUCGAAACAUGCUGUCGAAAGUUGAAAAAGGCUGCCAUGGAACCUGGGAGCGCAGUGGGCGCCAUUGCAGCGACCAGUAUAGGUGAACCUUCGACGCAGAUGACGCUGAAGACGUUCCAUUUCGCUGGAGUUGCUUCGAUGAACAUUACACAAGGGGUGCCGCGUAUCAAAGAGAUCAUUAAUGCAGUGAAGGCUAUAUCAACUCCGAUCAUCACCGCCAAAGUCUUCAAUAACCGAGAUGAAAAGUUGGCUAGGAAGGUGAAGGCACGAAUCGACGUCACUACACUUGGAGAGAUAUGCGAUUACAUCGAAGAGAUUAUUAAACCUGAUACAGCAUUCCUACUCCUGAAACUGAGUGCGAAGCGUAUCAAAUUACUCAAUCUGGAGCAUUGUGCAGAGCAUCGUUUCUUCAAAAAGUUUUCUCGCAUUCAAGACAUCGCAGGUUUACCGAAUAUAAAACGUUGUGUGGUGCAGGCGGAUGAGCGACAUGGCGACGAAUUCAGUAUUGUCGCUGAAGGCAACGACUUCCGUGGUAUUUUGUCGCAGAUUGGAGUAGAUCCACAUCAUACGAACAUUAACAAUGCUGUUGUGGUGGCCGAAGUACUGGGAAUCGAAGCGGCAAGGACAUGUAUAAUAAACGAAAUCCUCAGCACCAUGGAGGCUCAUGGUAUCGGAUUGGAUAGAAGACAUGUAAUGUUGUUGGCUGAUGUGAUGACCUACCGCGGUGAGGUGCUUGGCAUCACUCGAAAUGGGUUGGCAAAAAUGAAGGAUUCUGUGCUGUUGCUGGCAUCAUUCGAGAAGACGAUGGACCACUUGUAUGAGGCAGCAUUUUAUUCGCAGAAAGAUUCAAUUCGUGGCGUUUCCGAAUGUAUCAUUCUUGGCGUUCCGAUAUCGCUAGGAACUGGGGCGUUCAGGUUGCUUCAAAAAGUGCCGACGCCUGAUGUGACUCAAAGAGAGCCCAUAUUUAUGAAGCCUGGGUUCGCCCUUAAGGUUUAA